GGCGCGUCGGUUCAUUCUGGUUCUGCUCAGACUGAGCAGUUACAGUCAGUCAAGCGCAGGUGUAAGUACAGUAACAACAGCUAGGACGUUAAACCCGAUAUUUAACUGUGUGUUUAUUGCGUUUGGCCAUGUUGUCGACGGCGAACACGGUCAUGCGGCGCUUCUCCACUAGCUCUAUUAACUGCCAAAAUAAGCUAAAGCUUGCUCUGAUUGGCCAGAGCCUGUUUGGACAGGAAGUGUACACAAACCUUCGCAAGCAAGGCCAUAAGGUUGUGGGUGUGUUUACAGUUCCUGAUAAGGAUGGAAAGGCAGACCCUCUGGCGGCAGUGGCGGAGAAGGACGGGACGCCCGUGUUUAAGUUCCCACGCUGGCGGGUGAAGGGGGAGCCCAUCCCAGAGGUGGUGGAGGCGUACAAGUCUGUGGGCGCUGAGCUGAACGUUAUGCCCUUCUGCUCCCAGUUUAUACCUAUGAAUGUGAUUGACUUUCCCAAAUAUGGCUCGAUCAUUUACCACCCAUCCAUCCUGCCCAGACACAGAGGGGCCUCCUCCAUCAACUGGACACUAAUUGAGGGUGAUAAGAAAGCAGGAUUUAGUAUCUUCUGGGCUGAUGAUGGUUUGGACACCGGACCCAUCCUCCUGCAACGGGAAUGUGCAGUAGAUCCCAACGAUACUGUGGACACCCUUUAUAACCGCUUCCUGUUUCCAGAGGGCAUUAAGGCCAUGGUUGAGGCAGUACAGCUAAUUGCGGACGGCACAGCUCCUAAGAUCCCUCAGUCUGAAGAGGGAGCAAGUUAUGAGGGCAUCCAGAAGAAAUCCAAUGCCAAGGUCAAUAUGACCCAGUCAGCACAGGCCAUCCAUAACUGGAUCCGAGGACAUGAUAAAGUUCCAGGUGCUUGGGUCAAUAUCGAUGGAAAGCCUGUAACAUUGUACAGCUCAUCAAUGUUAAGCGGGUCAGUGGCAGAUGGUCAGGCAGUAGAGGUGGAGGGGGCAUCCCAACCUGGACUCAUCACCAAAUCAGGGCUUGUUCUUUUCGGGUCUGAUGGAAAAGCGCUCCAGGUAAAGAAUCUGCAGUUUGAGGAUGGAAAGAUGAUUCCUGCAUCCAAAUACUUCUCCUCAGAGGAGACCACCAGCUUGGAGCUCACAGAUGAAGAGAAGAAGAUGGCUGAGGAGAUCAAGGCGAUCUGGAAAGGCAUUCUGAGCAACGUUCCAAGUAUUGAAGAAACAACAGAUUUCUUUAAGUCAGGAGCUGGGUCAAUGGAUGUGGUCAGGUUGGUGGAGGAGGUGAAGCAGAAAUGUGGGGGUGUUCAGCUUCAGACCGAAGAUGUUUACAUGGCCACUACCUUUGAGAGCUUCAUCCAGAAGUUUGUACGAUGCCUGCGUGGAGAGGACCAGGAGGAGGAGCUUGUCAUUGACUACGUGACGAAAGAUGUAAACAACAUGACAUUGAGGAUGCCCUACCAGUGUUUCAUCAAUGGCAGGUUUGAAGAUGCAGAAGAUGGAAAGACGUACAACACAGUCAACCCCACAGACGGCUCAGUGAUCUGUAAGGUAUCAUAUUCUUCAGUGGCUGAUGUAGACAGAGCGGUUAGCGCAGCAAAAGAAGCCUUUGAAGAUGGCCCCUGGGGCAAAAUGAACCCUCGAGACCGGGGCAGGCUGCUUUAUCGUCUGGCUGACCUGAUGGAGGAACACCAAGAGGAACUGGCAACCAUCGAGGCAAUUGACUCUGGUGCCGUUUACACGCUGGCUUUGAAAACACACGUUGGCAUGUCCAUACAAACCUUCAGAUACUUCGCCGGCUGGUGCGACAAGAUUCAGGGCUCGACGAUACCCAUCAAUCAGGCCAGACCCAACCGCAAUCUCACCUUCACUAAGAAAGAACCUUUGGGCGUUUGCGCCAUAGUGAUCCCGUGGAAUUACCCACUGAUGAUGUUGGCGUGGAAAAGCGCAGCCUGUUUGGCAGCUGGAAAUACACUCGUCCUGAAACCUGCACAGGUAACUCCUCUAACAGCAUUAAAGUUUGCUGAACUGACAGUAAAAGCUGGCAUCCCAAAGGGAGUUAUCAACAUUAUACCAGGAUCAGGUGGUCUGGUUGGACAGAGGAUGUCCGAUCAUCCUGAUAUACGUAAGCUUGGUUUUACUGGCUCCACUCCCAUUGGCAAACAGAUCAUGAAAAGCUGUGCUGUCAGUAACUUGAAGAAGGUCUCUCUGGAGCUUGGUGGUAAAUCUCCACUCAUCAUCUUCAGUGACUGUGACAUGGACAAGGCAGUUAGAAUGGGCAUGAGUUCUGUUUACUUCAAUAAGGGAGAGAAUUGCAUCGCUGCAGGCAGAUUGUUUGUAGAGGAAUCCAUACACGACGAGUUUAUUGGGAAAGUGGUUGAGGAGAUCAAGAAGAUGAAGAUUGGAGAUCCUUUGGAUCGUUCCACAGAUCACGGACCUCAGAACCACAAAGCCCACUUGGACAAACUGGUGGAGUACUGUGAAAUCGGUGUGAAGGAAGGGGCGACUCUUGUCUAUGGGGGGAAACAGGUGGACAGAGCAGGCUUUUUUAUGGAGCCCACAGUUUUUACUAAUGUAGAAGAUCACAUGUUCAUCGCCAAAGAAGAAUCAUUUGGUCCUGUUAUGGUGGUAUCCAAAUUCAAGGAAGGUGAUGUGGAUGGAGUUUUAAGCAGGGCCAACAACACAGAGUUCGGUCUGGCCUCUGGGGUCUUCACUCGUGACAUCAACAAGGCCAUGUACGUCAGCGAGAGACUGGAGGCUGGAACCGUGUUCAUCAACACCUACAACAAAACCGACGUGGCUGCUCCAUUCGGAGGAUUUAAACAGUCUGGAUUUGGAAAAGAUCUCGGUGAGGAAGCCCUGCACGAGUACCUGCGAACUAAAGCCAUAACAGUGGAGUACUGAGGGAAACCUGCAGGCAGGACUGCAAGACCCAUGAACAAAGUCCACUGUGGCUGAACUGUCUUGAAGCUGGUUUGAUAAGAAGAUUUCCUGCCAUGACUACACUGACGUGCCUACAUUUUUGAACGACCCUGUUCUGCAACAUACUUUAUAGAGCGGACAGAUAUUGACUUGCCAACCUAUACUGGCUAAAACAUAUUUAAAAUGAAAAAAAAAAGAAACGACAGACCUCCAAGUGUACCGAAAAAAAAAACCGGUCAGCCUCUUAACUUAAGUGAAUUAUGAUGAUCAUUUUCAAAUCCACAUUAGUGUCAGUAAUGUUAUGCUUCAUCCUUACCAGGCAAAUUACCAGCAACAAAAAAUCUGCCAGUUCAAAUGCCAAACUGCUGCAUGGUGGGACCUGAUCCAAUCAUAGCCAAUCACAACAUUUUAAUGUUUUAUAUUCAGCUUUAAAUGUUUUUAUGCAGCUUUAUCACAUCAUGCCUGGUUGGGGCAGUUUUACAAUGUGAAAAGUCGACCUCAUGAUUUUAGUAGCAUUCAAAUUUUAAGCACGUGCACACACACAGUCUUCAAUUCAAGACUUGCGUGUCUCAGUAUUUAAAAGACCUGUCAUAUCACUGCCACUUUACAUAAUCUUUUCUAUACCUUCAAGGAUUUUAAUAUGGGUAACAUUUUCACAUCAACCUUUUAGCAUAACUGUAUAUAUUUAAUUAAAUACGACAGAUGGACUUAUUUUAUAUAUUUAAUUUUGCAUUCCAUGCAGACAAAAGAUGAUUGGUAAUGUUGAAAAGAAAUAAUAUAAACCGACAAUUCCUUUUUGCAAGGAAGUAAUUUAUUUUGUACAAAAAUAUAGGACAGGUUUGAUGGAAAAAUACACUGUGAACCUUUCAAUGUGAAACUAUCAGGUAUUUGCGGAAGGUUUACGGUCGCUUGUGAUGCUUUUGUUAUGCAUUUAACAAAAGGGAAAAUGUUAUUAUCAGUGUUUCAGUCUUCUGUAUAAGCUAACAGUCAUACUGAAUGUGUCAGUUGCCAAAUGUCAUUACAUGCAACAGUAUUACAACUUAUAACACUGAUGAACUGAA